AUGACCAAUCAGGCAACGGUGACGUACCGUCGUCGUUUGUCCUUCAGCUCCAAAGCCCACCUCGCAGCUUCUUCUCCCUCUGUUCAGAUCAUUCCUGCGAUCACAGCUCCACCAGCCAGGGUCUCGUCGGGAGAAUAUCAGAUACCCCGUCUAGCAGCAUCAUCACCCGCUGUCCCCCCCAUAGCUGUAGUUUGGACGGUCAUCAUGGAGCACAACCCCACCGAUAACGAUGAGAUCGUCUCACAGUUCUGUGCUAUGACCAGUACGCGUCCCGGGGAUGCACAAGAGUAUCUAGCUGCCAAUGGAUGGGACCUUGAGGCAGCUGUCACCGAAUUCUUUACCGAACAAGACGAAGGGCAAGACGUGGAUCCCGCCAGUGGCCGAUCUGUCGGAGGAGCUGAACCGGCACCAUCAGGAGGUCGGCCGUUAAGCGACGGUUCCUCACAGCCUCCUUCACAGUCGUCCCAACCGCCUUCCUCCACCCGGAACCCCGCUCCCAAAAAGCGCUUUGCGACGCUCGGUGAUUAUGCAUCAGGAGGCGGGGGGGCUGGGAGCGGCGAUGUGGACUCGUCCGAGGACGAUGAUACAGUGAACCAAGACUUCUUUGCUGGGGGAGAAAAGUCGGGGUUGGCUGUGCAGAACCCUGACGACGUGAAGAAGAAAAUCAUUGAGAAAGCUAAGCGAGCUCAACUGCCAGCAUCCGACGAUCCCAAACCCAGACCGUCUUACUUUACUGGUACAGCCCGCACCUUGGGCGGCGACGAUACCCCUAGCCGGGUCAUUGAUGCGCCCGGUGGAUCCAUGCCGCAACAGCCGCAACGAGUUCAGCGAACGCUUCACUUUUGGGCUGACGGGUUCUCAGUCGACGAUGGUGAUCUCUUUAAUUCUGACGACCCUCGAAACGCCGAGAUUCUUGAGGGUAUUCGACGGGGCCGCGCUCCGCUUUCCAUCAUGAAUGUCCAGCCUGGCCAGGAAGUUGAUGUGGAGAUCAAGCAGCAUGAGGAGAAAUAUGUGAAGCCAAAGCGCAAGUAUAAACCUUUCGCAGGUCUCGGACAACGACUGGGAAGUCCCACCCCUGGGGUGCAGGGCCCAACCCCUUCGGCUGCCCCUGCCACUAGCGAACCCGAUCCCGAGCCUCCAAAGCCGACAGUGGAUGAAUCGCAGCCGACGUUGACGCUACAGGUUCGACUGGGAGACGGCGCACGGCUUGUAUCCCGAUUCAACACCACGCACACCAUAGGCGAUGUCUACCAGUUCGUCUCUGCGGCUAGUCCAGCCAACCAGGGCCGCCCCUGGGUGCUGAUGACUACGUUUCCUAGCAAGGAGCUUACGGACAAGGAGGCGGUCCUUGGGGAUCUAGCAGAAUUCAAGCGGGGUGGAGUGGUAGUACAGAAGUGGCAAUAG